GCCGACGGGAACUCACGCGGACGGACUCACGUUGCUCGUGCAAACCGUGCGCGAGCCCCGAAGGGUUCUGUCUUGAGUCAUCGAACAGAUGUUUAAUAAGCGCUUCCUCAAGUCAGUUCGAUGUCUGGGAGCUGUUCAUGGCUGCUGAGAACAAGGCAUGGUGUUCCAUCAAGAAGAGGCACCCCCCUCUGCCACGGCGCCGGCAGGAAACCAUCCAUCUGCACGCUUGGCGGUUCCCAAACUAGAGGAAGCCAGUGAAGGCGGGAUGGACCGAAGCGCCCAUGUGACCAGCGAAGAGGCCGACGUGAUGGAAGCCAACAUGUAUCCAUCCAAGGAAGGCGCCGGGACUCCUGGUGGUUGUCCUGCUGGGAAGUACCCCACCAGUUUAAAUCCUCAGCCAGACAACCUGUCACCGGAUAUCAUCUGCAAAGGAAUCCGAGUGACGCUGGACAACAACAGCAUGUGGAACGAGUUCUUCAGAUGUAAAACCGAGAUGAUUCUGACUAAACAAGGCAGCAGGAUGUUCCCUUACUGCCGCUUUCGCAUCUCCGGCCUGCAGCCAUCGAAGAAGUACUGUCUAGUCAUGGACAUUCAACCUUUAGACAGCAGCCAUUACAAGUGGACUGGCAAGAGCUGGCAGGUUGCAGGGAAAGCAGAAGGUCAAGUCAAGAGUAAACCGUUUGCUCAUCCAGAGUCCCCAUCAGAAGGUCAACACUGGAUGCAGAAUCCAGUGUCCUUCUACAAACUGAAGCUCACAAACAACAUCUCGGAGCAGGAGGGGAACACCGUCCUGCAGCCCAUGCACCGCUACUCCCCACGCCUGCAUGUGGUCCAGACCGACAAGGCGCUGAAAGACAUUAAGCUAAAUGCUCCUUGUGUUGUCACAUUCACUUUCCCUCAGACUGAGUUCAUGGCAGUCACCGCUUACCAGAACUCCCGUUUCGCUCAGCUCAAAGUCGACUAUAACCCGUUUGCCAAAGGACUGAAGGAGGAUGGGUCCAGUUCGUUGGGACUAAAACUGAAGUUGAACUCUGGCAAAGACUUGCAUAAAGCUGGAGGCACAACAACCACUGAACCUCAUCCUGUGAAAGAGAGCUUGAAGUGUUUGCUUGCAAACCAUAAACCAAGAAGCUCAAAAGCAAUGGAUACUAAACGUCCGAUGUCCAGUGACCUACAGAAGUCAACCUCCAGUGGAGAUCCGUCAGCGGUCCAGGGUCCAGAGGACAGUUUGUGCAGCAGUUCACAACCAUCUCAGAAGUUAUUUUCUGAACUUAUUCGGGAGGCUCACGUUUCUCUUCAACGAUGUAACCUGGAGCAGCUGGACACAAGUAACAGCUCCUCCCACCGGGCGGAGCCAACAAACACUAACACCACAGCUCUAGAAAGUAAAAGAGAAGAUGUCUCCAAGAAAGACAAACCACACAGUGAAACAUUGUGUGUAAAGAACUGUGAAACUGGUUUAAUGUCAAAGAGGAAACUCAAACAGGAUAGGAACCUUCUGAACUUACACAACUGCAAGGACCAAGCUAGCUCUGAUGAUUCUGAGGUCACGAACGUCGUUGCUGUUCCAGUGGUGUCCCAGAAAACCUCUGUUGAUUCAAACCACAAACCUACACCUGCACUUCCAUCGGAGGUGAAUAUAAAGCAGCAUAAACGACCGGCUCCUCUACCUCUACCAGCCCUUGCUCUUUUUUUGAAGCAGCAUUUGACAAAGUCUAAAAAGUCCAAGACUAGGCCAGGUUCUCCUCCCCCAGUACUUUCAUCUGAGUCCCAGAGUUCUGCUGAGGAUUCUACAUGUGUCCUCUCUGAUCGUGCCAGCAGUGCUAAUGUUCCCUUGAAAGAUCUCACUGGCGAUAGAACAAAAUUUAACAACCACUCCUCGGGACAAGCCAGUGCAGACAUUCAUCCACCUGGAAAAGCAGUUACAGCAGCCCUUCAGUCCUGUAGUCCCUCAUGUUUAGAUGCUGUAGGAGAUGUAGAGCAGAAGGAACCAAGGGCCGAUGGGCACACAUCCAUUUCAGUAUUCGAACACCCAGGCUCGGACAUGGGUCUACCAGAUGACAGUCCAGUGCCACCUCACUCCGAUCGGCACGUGUUUACCCAUGGGACAUUUUCAUCCUCCAUUUGUUCAACUCUUGCUACCUCUUCUGCAUCUCCGGUGUUGUCACCGUCCCUUCACACAGUGUUAAUGUCCCUGAACUCACCACAAACACAGACCUUCACAGAGUCUUCCACACUACCCCCCGACUCCCCCAGCAUGCAGUCUGAUUCUCUGCUCCCUGACCCUGAAUGCUCUCCUUUUGGCUUUAAGCCGUUGUCAGCUUCUACUUCUCCAGAACCGUUACCUCCCCUGCCUGCCUCCUUAGCUUUUGACCUGAACUCCACUACCUCUGAAACAACUCUGAGAGCAGAAGCCCCUGAAGAGUUAUCUCCAAAUCUAUACUCUACUCCAACUUUGUUAAAAUGGCAUACGGUGUUACCUACACACGAGCCGUACACAGACACUUCCUACACAACAUUUCAGUCCACAUCACAGCCACUUUCUUUAGGAUCUAUCUCAUCGCCUUUGUUGCCUUCUUCGUCUCCCGCCCACACAGAACCACAAACUCUUGAAACCUGCACAUCUCUGGCUCUGGAUGAUCCUACUUUAUCAUUUCAACAGAACGAACAAUUGCUGCCUUUCCCAGGAGAACUCUCCCCCCUUGCACUGCAGUUGCCACUGUCUCCAACUUUUUCUUCAUUAGAUGGAGGUGGAUUAUCACCUACGCCUUCAAUCGCAGACCUUGUGCAUUUUUUCUCCACCGAUGACGACCUUGGGAUGGGGCUGGAGUUUUCAAAUUCUGAGGCAGUGGCAGUUACCUGCCCACCUCCUACUAUAGUAGAGGCAAUUGCACAUGAACCUUCUCAGCUACUCCAACCUUGCCCAGCCAAGGAACCCUGCAAGAGCAAGAAGAAGUCCCGCCGACGAAUGCUUGCCAACAUGGAUAUGGACCAGAAGGUUGAUGAUGCCACCUACACUAGCAUGAAGCCGAGCCUGGAGGAAGUGGAGGAGCAGUUAUUUAUCUCGUUCACAUCCAAGGAGGCCCUCAAGCUUCACAUCGCAGACUCGCCUGAGGAAACGCUCACGCAACCUUCACACGACCAGACGACACCUGAAGGUCACCUGCCGACACCUGAAGGUCACCUGCCGACACCUGAAGGUCACCUACCCACACCUGAAGGUCACCUGCCGACACCUGAAGGUCACCUGCUGACACCUGAAGGUCACCUGCCGACACCUGAAGGUCACCAGACGACACCUGAAGGUCACCUGCCGACACCUGAAGGUCACCUGCCGACACCUGAAGGUCACCUGCCGACACCUGAAGGUCACCUGCCGACACCUGAAGGUCACCUGCCGACACCUGAAGGUCACCUGCCGACACCUGAAGUGAAUGAUGACGGGACAAUGUGUUGGUGUCCAGCAGAGAGUGUGGAGAGGAUCAGUAGCUGUGAGAAGAUUCUCCUGACGGACCUGAAGAUGAUGAAACACAAACAGGUCAUUCACCCUGUGCUGCAGGAAGUGGGUCUGAAGAUGAACCUUCUGGAUCCCAGUCUGGCCAUCGACCUGCAGUACCUGGGAGUCUAUCUGCCCAUCUCCCCAGGAGCGUCCCAGGAGCCUGUGACCCUGGAGCUGCCUCCACCUCAGGCGUUUGUGUCCAGAACAGGAAAAACCACCGACGUCACUCAAAUUAAAGGUUGGAGAGAUAAAUUCACUGCGUCGGAGGCUCCGCCCACUCCUUCAUCCGCCACACCUGAAGCUGGUCCCAGUUCAGAUCCUCCGAAGAAGAACCUGUCGGCGUUCUGCAGCGACAUGUUGGACGAGUACCUGGAGAACGAAGGGAAGCUGAUCGACGAGCGGGCCGCCAGCUUCUCUCAGCCCGCGGGGGGGCCGGUGGUGUACCAGCUCCCCGCCAGGAGCACCAGCUACGUCCGGACCCUGGACAGCGUACUGAAAAAACACACUGCCAGCUCCCCCACCUCCGACCUCAUAUCUGGAUUCAUCCCCCCCUCCAAGAGAUCAAAGCCCUCCCUCAAAGAGACAAAGACUUCCAGCAAAGAGAAGAAACACAAAGGUCCUAAAAGGAUCAGACUCAGACCUGAACCGGCGCCUGCUUCAGUUUCAACACCUGAACCAAGUCCAGCUGAAGCAGACCUGGACCCUAAUCCGCCUGCAGUCCCGACCUCAGCUGCCCCCCCGCUGUCAGAGAACACAACACCCGUCACUGAACCUCACGAACCCAAGAAACACCAGAAACGAAAGCUCGGUUUCAACCGCUCAGACCUGUUAACUCUGUCCCCUCAGAGCCCCGCCCCCAAUAGGAGAAGGAAACUCAAACCCAAGUCCUUGUGCCAGACCCUCAGCCCCCCCCGGACCCCGGCCCACCUGCCGCAUGGCUCAGGGGACCUGGCUCCUCUGGAGUCGGACUCCGAGCUGGGGGCCGAUGCCGACCAGGGAACCAAGCCCAGCAGACCGGUGCUGACCCGAGCUCUGAUCCGACAGAAGGACCUGGAGGACGGCGUGGUGUGGGAGGGCCGGCCCAGGACCAGCAUCACCGCGGAGCGGGCCGCCAUCGCCCUGACAUCACUGUUCACACUCAUGGGUUUCGUCAGUGAGAAUCCCACCGCUCCCGUGCAGCUGGUCCGCAGGCGAGCGCCGCCCUGCCUGAACGACUUCUGCCGGCUGGGCUGCGUCUGCUCCAGCCUGUCCCACUGCUCCAGGGUCAGUCACUGCGGCCGGCCCGGCUGCAUGUUCGGCUGCAGCUGCCUCAAGCAGAAGGUCGUCCUCCUCAAGAACCUGGACGGCUCCGACUCCAGCCCCUCCCCCCAAGGGAAGAGGAGGAGGAGGAGGAGGAGAAGGAUGAAGAUGGCUUACAUUCUAAAGGAGGCGGACAGCGUUUCCCAGCCUGCUGAGCGGGUCCGGAUUCUGUGGAGGAAGGAUGCUAGAGACUCAGAUCCGACAUCCGUCCCUGACUCAGCAUCUGUGCUCCGCAGCUCUGAGAGCAGUGAUAACGGCAGCUGUGCCAGGGUCAGAGGUUACACCGGAAAGAGGAAGAGCUGGAAACAACCGGUAGGACUCACGUCACACCAGGACAUCGUCACGAGACCCAGUGAGGAGCCUGAGAAACCAGCAGCUCCACCAAAACCACGACGACUGGGAAACCAGAGGACAGAGAAACCACAACUACAACAACAGGACACCAAGAAAACCCUGAAGCCUAAAUCUGUUCAACUGAAAGAUGUGAAACAGAGAGACCUGGACCUGAAGGAAGCAAAGACCAGAGCCCCCAGUCCUCCUGCUGCAGCUCAGCUAGUUUCCCCCGUGCGGCCUCCGAGCCCCCCCCCAGAGCCGGCCCCCAAACCCUCCAAGCGUCUGAGCCCCCCCCCAGAGCCGGCCCCCAAACCCUCCAAGCGUCUGAGCCCCCCCCCAGAGCCGGGCCCCAAACCCUCCAAGCGUCUGAUCAUCAUGGCCGAGUGUGAGUGGGCGUCGGAUGAAGAUCGCAGCUCGGUGCUGACGCGGCUGUGUGAGGCGAUGGCUCAGGACCGACUGGAGACACCGUUCUGGAUCCAGAAGUAUUUCAUCCGUCCCACCAGUCAGAAGGUGGAGGAGAGCGGCAGAGACGCCUGCAUCCAGUACAUGGUCCACAUCACCAGACCCACUGAGGAGCCUGAGAAACCAGCAGCUCCACCCACACCACCACGACUGGGAAACCAGACGACAGAGAAACCACAACAAGAGCGCCUGAAACAGGCGAGCGAGGAGGAGGAGCCUCUGGAGGCGUGGCAGUGCGAGAUCACGGAGGAGGAGGAGGAGCCUCCAGAAGACUGGCAGCGGGAGCUGGAGGAAGGUGAAGUCCUGGAGGAGAACGACUCAACACUUUACCACAUGGACGAUGGGAGCAAGAGGAGUGGGGGGGGAAUGAAACGAAAGCAAAAGAAGGAGAUGGUCAGUUUGGCUCUACCGUUCCUCACAGGAAUCUCUCCUGCUGGAUUCCUCUCAGCCAGAAGAAGACAAGCGGGGGGGGCCGACCACCUGGUCCAGGUCAACGGGAAACUCUAUCCUCUGGCUAAGAUCCAGUUAGGAAAGAUGGGGGCGCUCCAUCCGGCGAACCGGCUGGCCGCCUACCUGACCGGCCGGGUGGGGUCCGGCAGGAAGCAGCUGGGUUCUCCUUCUAAACCUCCUCAGACCCAGAGCUCCGUCCCGACCCCCCAAACUAACUUCUUGGCUUCAUCAAACAUCGUUGCUGCCGACACCCCCCCACCCCAAACACAGCCGUCCAUCCCCACGGUUACCGCCCCCCCCUCUUCCACAGCUCUCGACCAAUCAGCAGCGAGGACCCAGGUCACAGCUGUGAGGUUGUACCAGACUCCUGCGGCUGGGGGAGGUCAGGUGACACCUGCUGCUUCUGGUAGCUCCACCCCCUCAACAGCCUCUCAGGUUCAGCUGGUGAAACCCUGUGCCGGCUCGGCAGCGGUCCCGGGUCCUGGUGUGACCGGCGUCCUACCCACCGGUCAGAGGGUGGUCCUGCAACCUGUUCACCGAGCCGGAGGGGGGGGGCACUACUACCGGAUUCCAGAUGGUCGGCUGGUCCAGCUCCUCCCCAUCAGCAAGCUGAGAGCAGGUUGUGCUCCCCCCUCACUCCUCCCCCCUGUGACAGGUCUCAGGCCUGUUGAAAUCCCACCACAGACCUCACUCCCCCCCUCCCCCUCCCCCCUGUCUGGCCUCCAGUCUUUCCCGGGCCCCCCCCGUCCCCCCCGCCCUGGCCCGGGCUCUGGUUUCCUGUCUCAGAAGAUGAAGUGCACCUUUAAAAUCCUUCCUACCAACUCCAAGAAGGAACGGAUCUUUAUCAGCUGUGCUAAACCCCCCCCCCUGGUGGUGACGACUCCCAGCACCUCCCUCCAGAGCCCCUCCCACCCCCCCGCCCCCCCGUCGAACCCUCUCUCCCUCAAACUCUCCAAAGGUCAGGGGGCGGAGCUCAACAGCAAAGCAGUGAAGGUGUCAGCGGACUCUGUGAUUGCUCGUCAGUUGUCAGCCUUUCAGAAACCCACGACAUCCCAGACUCCGCCCCCUGCUUCAGGGUCAGAGGUCACACCUUUACCCCCAUCGCAGCCCCCUGCUGGGCCGGAGCUGGCCUCUGACCUGGUGGACCUGGACAUAGUCUGCGUGGACGAGGAGAUGAGGCCCAUCCCCACAGAGUCUGAGGUGGUGGACCUGGUAGCGUCCUCUAGUGGAGACACAGAGAACUCGUCCGACUUCGGAGACGAGCCGACGAUCAACGAAGAGAAGGAGACGACAGGGAGGCAGCGACAGACUCACAACUUGUUGGAGAGGAGGCGUCGGGUGAGGCUCCAUCAGAUGUUUCGAGGUCUGAGGAGAGAAAUCGGACUGAAAGACAACAAAACUUCCAAACUCGCCACGCUGAACACGGCGGAGCAGGUGAUCCAGGAGCUGAGGUGGACGGAAGCACGUCUGACAGAGAAGAAGAGGAGGCUGACGAAGAGGAGGGACCACUUCCUCUCAACCAUCGUUCCAACAGGUCAAGAAGAGCAGAGAGUCCUGAAGAGGCAGGAGAGACACCGAGCAGCCAAUCAGCUGCAAGCACCAGCAGUAGGAGGCGGAGCCUCUGAGCCGCAAGCACCAGUAGGGGGCGGAGCCUCUGAGCCUAAUCUCUCAACAGGAAACAACAUUGAUAAUGACAUCAUAUUCAUAUCAUCAAACGUACAGCUGCCGACUCUCCAAGCUCCUCCUACCACGGCCCAGCCCUCUACCAAACCUGUCCAGAGACUUGGUCCUGGUCCUGGUCCUGGUCCUGGUCCUGGUCCUGUCCGUGUCCCUGUCCCUGUCCAGAGACCUGUCCCUGUAGCUGCACCUGUACCUGUCAUAGCACCUCACCCUGUAGCGGUCCUGAAGUCGGUCCAGGAUGCUGUUUACCACAUCGCACCUGUGGUUCGCGACCGGCUGAAGACGAAGCCGAACAUCUUGUCUCGCAGCAGGAGACCAGCUCCAUCAUCUCUGCUCCUGGCUGGUGACGCUCCGGCUGGUCAGGUGCUGGUCCCGGCUGACCUUCUGUCCCGGAUCGGUGCAGCGUUGCCAGGACAACAGAUACUAGCCCUGAAUCCGUUGAUGGCUCUGCAGGCGACACCAGAAUCCAGAACCUUCUCAGAGGCUUCAAACCGGCUGCACCUGCCUCAACCCCCUCAGGUGGUUUCUGCUGGACCAGUUCUCCCCUCAGACCAGAUCCUGGACCAGACCCCAUCCUCCUCCACCACCCUGAGCCCAGGACUGAGUGCUGAUUGUGGGUCAGAGGUGGGUCAUCUGGGUUCGGGGUCAAAGACCCGAGCCGACGGCGGCGCUGAGAGUCCCACGUCCCUCAAUGAGAUCGUCUCCACAGCGGGGGUCUCGUACGAGGUGGACCACGCAGUGGGUGGAGCCAAGGAGCCGGGCCACACCCAUAGCUCGGAGCUGGACAGUGACAACAGCGCUGCGGUUGAGACAGAGCGUGGAGGUCUUCAGGGCCACACGGAGAGGACGCAGACCGGACCUCAAACUGGACCAACCGAUGGGAGCACUACAGCUAAUGCCCUGGCCCCGCCCCCUCUGCUGCAGAUGAAGGUGGGAGGGGCCAAGGUGGUUGACUCUGCCAGCAGUGACAGAGCAGCAGCGGCCGACCGGCGGGAGGAGGCAGUGCCGGCCUGGAGGCCGAUGCCGCGGCUGGUUCCUCUGGGGCUGAGAGGGAACCCGCCCAGCUGAUGACGGCGCUGCUCAGUCCCGCUGGUCAACGCUGUUUUUGUUAAGUUAUUUCAAAUAUUAACGUCCUCGAAAACAAACAUGAAACAUCUGCAAAACUGUAAAUGCCAGAAGUCGAGCUCCAGUGUGUCACGUGCACGCUAACAGAAGUACACGUGUCUGAGUGCUCGAUGUUUCACACCUGAACUCUGAGGCUCACCUGAUCACCCCCCCCCCCAGACCUCAACUUACCUUGACUCCUCUAUCAUGAAAGUUCUUUCUCUUCAGUUUUCAAAUUAAAAGCUGACGUUAAUCUCAGAUCCAAAUCCACAACACAAUACAAACAUUUUAAUGUUUUAAACCUUUUUCUUUUUUUCUUUUUAAGGGUUAAAAAAGUGGAUUUGCUUCAUUCCAGUGUUUACUUCCUCUGAUCUGAAAUCAGUUUUCUAACUUUCAUUUAAAAGUCAUCCAGCAAGUGCCCUGCAAAAGAAUAUCCAUAAAAAUAAAGAAAUAGUUUCAAUCUCACAAAUGUUUUCUCUCAAAAUAUUAGUUCUCUAAGUCUCGUCUCUUUAUGAAAUUCUACAUUAUUGAUAUCUGUCCAUGUUAUUGUGUAUGUGGACAAACUUUUUUUAUUCUGACAUUUUAAUAAUUUUUUGACUGGACGUAGAAAACCUGAGUGAAGAAAACGAAAGAACACAAAUUCUACUUGUGCAGGAAAGUUUCUUCCUGUUUCCAGGAUGAAAGACGAGUGAGAACAGGAAGUCACGAUGCAGCUGCUGCUUGUUUGUUGAAUUAAAUGAUGUUUGUACAGUUUGUUUUUCUUAAAUUUGUAUUUUUGUAUUUGUUAAGGAAACUUUCUGAUGUAGAUAUAAUUUGUCUGAUCGCAUAAACAUCACUGUUCAACACUAAUAUAAAUAAAGUUUGAAUAUGGACUUUU